UUCUUCUUCUUCCUUUUGUUUUGAAUGAAAUUUACCAAAUUGAAUAUUUAUAAGCACGGGUUUCUUCCAUGUCGUGAGCACACAUCCGUGUUCUUUCUCACCCUCGGCUGAAAAUGGACUACAACCACAACCAAGAGCUGGCUCACGACUUCCCUCCCUUCCUCAGAAUCUACAAGGACGGCCGUGCAGAGAGAUAUCAUGCCUUUGGCGACGUCCACUUCGUGCCCCCGGGCCGGGACCCCGAUACUGGUAUCCACACCAAGGAUAUCCAUAUCCCCAACUUACCCGGGGUAACGGCCCGCAUCUUCCUUCCCAAGUUAUCCGAAGGCCCUGAUCAUCAGAAGCUUCCCUUGGUGGUGCACUACCAUGGCGGGGGCUUCUGCGAUGGAUCACCACACGAUUCGGCCACACUUAACUAUCUGAUAGGCUUGGUUUUGGGGGCCCGCGUGGUGGCUAUCUCCAUAGGGUAUAGGUUGGCCCCAGAGAAUCCUCUCCCUACUGCCUACGAGGACUCCCUGGAGGCGCUUAAGUGGCUCGCCAGUGGGACUGAGCCCGACCCGUGGGUGAGUCAGUACGCGGAUCUUGGUCGAGUCUUCCUAGCAGGCGACAGUGCCGGGGCGAACAUAGCGCACUUCGUGGCUGUCCAGGCCGGCAUAUCCAGGUUGACGGUAGAAACUGGAUUCAAGAUAAAUGGGUUGCUCAUACUGCACCCCUUUUUUGGCAGCGAGGAGAUUUCCCAAAAUCAGCUCUACUCGUACCUAUACCCAGCAAGUCCUGGGUACGAAAACGAUCCUAAACUUAACCCAUCGGUAGACCCGGACCUCCACAGAAUUCCUGUUGGAAGGAUCCUCAUUUGUGUUGGUGAGAGAGACUGGAUAAAAGACCGUGGCCUGGCCUACUAUGAGACAUUGUGCAAGAGCGAGUGGAGCGGGACGGUGGAGCUCGAGGAGAACAAGGAAGAGGACCACUGCUUCCAUUUGUUCAAACGAAAUGAGAAUACUAAGCUGCUGAUGAAGAAGCUGGCCGAGUUUGUGAACUUACCGUGAUAAAUAAUCCACGAUCUCAGUGAUGCCAUUGGAUUAGGUGGAUCAAAUCAAUCAAGAUGAAUAAGCGCAUGGAUAGAGUCUGAUAAGAGUGUGCUUUAUUUUUCCAUCACAAUCUGAUCUAAAUGGUCAUAUAUCAUGGGCUAUUACGUUUGUUCUCUUUUAAAUGCAUGUCAUGGAGUUGAUGGCUUCUACCUGUUACUAAUUAGCUUGCGAUUUCUGUAAGAUGUGCCGAUCGUGAAGUUUAUCUAAGAUUAAUAUGUAAAGGACACGUGCAUUUGGGAAAAUGUGGAUCUAUCUUUUCCAGAAACUGCAUGUUUUUUGUCCAAAUAAUGC